UUCAAUUAAUUUUCUCGUCCACCAGGGGAUUGAGUCUCAGAAGACAUCCACGGCUUCUGAAACAAUCUGGAUAACAAUCGCAGAUACCACGCCAGUGACCAAGGAACUUUGCAGUUUAGGCAGCCGGAAUGAGUGACCCCGACGAGGAGGGUCCCGAGCCGAUCCGGGCCGAGCGUGACCUGGCAGCGGAGGCCAUGGCGGCCGACAUGGACCCCUGGGUGGUUUUCGACGCUCGCAAGACGCCGCGAGCCGAGUUCGAUGAUUGGCUGGACAGCAACCGGCCGUCCCGGGUCUUCCGGCACGGUGAUCCGUGCCACAACGCCGAGCCGGUGGGCUGGAUCGCCAUCUACGGGCCAGGCAGCCUGCCGGCGGCCGAGCGCGGCGACUGCGAGGGGCUGCAGGAGGAUUGGGAGAGGCUGCAGGACAGCGGGCGGCCGGUCACCUUCGAGACGGUCAAGGAGCUGGCGCUGAACCGGCGGGUACUGAGUGGCAAGUGGCUGAUGCACCUCGACACGGGCUUCAAGGUGGACCACGCCUGGGCUAGCAUCGCCAGGGCGGUGCUGGACAGCAAGCUGCGCUCUGCCAAGGUCAGCCCCUACUGCCCCGACACGGGGGCCAAGCACGUCAUCUGUGUGUACGGCGAUGACUUCACCGACGAGAGCCAAGUGGUGGGCCUCGAUGCCGCCAUCCGAGCUGCGGGCAUCAAGUGCCCACUUUCCUACAAGCCCGAUGCCUACACCUACCUGGGCCUUUACCGGGGUAACCGCUGGAAGCUCUGCCCCACCAUCUACGAGAGCCACUACGACCUGGAGUGCAUCCCCCGACGCUCCCGCAUUACCUGCAAGCAAAUGCGACAGCCAAGCUCAACGCCACUGCUUCGCAAAGCUGUGUACUCAGCUGCUUACUGUAGUCCACUCUGCCCCAACUCCAUUUACAAGCCCACUGAUGACACCACCGUUGUAGGCAAUGAUGAGACGGAAUACAGCAACGAGAUGGAGUGUUUGGCGACGUGGUUUAAAGACAACAAGAUCUCUCCCUCAACGUCAGCAAAACGAAAGGAGCUGGUCAUUGACUUCAGGAAGCGGAGUGGAGAGCUCAUCCCUGUCCGCAUCAACGGAGCUGAGGUGGAGAUGGUCAAGAGAGCCAAGUUCCUGGGAGCGACGGUUGCCAACAAUCUGUCCUGGUCCAUCCACAUCGAUGCACAACAACGCCUCUCCUUUCUCAAGCGGCUUAGAAAAUUCGGCAUGUCCAUAAGGACCUUCACCAACUUUUAUAGAUGCAUCAUAGGAAACAUUCUAUUCGGAUGCAGCAUGGCCUGGUUUGGCAACUACUCUGCCCAGAACCGUAAGAAACUACAGAAAGUUGUGAACACAGCCCAGUCCAUCACACAAACCAACUUCCCAUCCAUUGGCUCCAUCUAUAUUUCCCCCUGCCUCAGGAAGGCAGCCAACAUCAUCACAAGACCCCUCCCCCACCCCAUUUAUAAUCUCUUCCAUCGGGCAGAAGAUACAAAAGCUGAAACACACGGACCAACAGAUUCAAGAACAGCUUCUUCCUCGCUGUUAUUAGACUUCUGAACGGACCUCUCAAAUUUUACAUUUAAUGUUGAUCUCGCUCUUUAUGCGCCUUCUCUGCAGCUGUAACAUUGUAUUCCUCGCUCUGUCUAGUACCCUAAUGCACUUUGUAUGGUAUGGUCUGCCUGUACUGCACGCAAAACAAACUUUUCACUGUAUCUAGGUACAUGUGACAAAAAUAAAUCAAAUCCAA